AUGCCGCAUCUUUAUGACUCAACUACUGAUAAGCCGUCUAGUAACAUCAAAACUCGUCCCGGCUGGGCGUUAAUAAAGCUGUUAUGUUGCCACCUGCCCUAUUUGGCCAAAGACCGGCGUCGAAAGCCCAUCAACAUGGGCCCCUGUUUGGUCAAGCCAGUUGGUACAGUCGGAGGCUGGCGAAGGUGCAGACACGGAGCUCGGAACGGCCUGCAAAUGAGCGCGUACGAAAAGAGGAUGGAAUGGAGGCUGUGA